AUGGCGGCCGCCGCUGUUGAUGUCGGCUACCUUGCCGGUCACUUGGGUAUUGACCAACCCGUCCUCACGACCUUGACGACCGAACCGACCGUGGAUCUCGUCGCGAUUCUGCUGCAGGCUGUAACAAACAAGGCCCACGAAUUUGAUGCCCUCUAUGCCGACAAGCUACAGACGGACAUAGAACUGGAGAACGCAGUUCGAAGUUCCGAAUCUAGAUCACAGGCUUCCAAGUCUACCGCAGAGCAAGCUCUAAAAGACGUGGAACAGGCAAGGCAGAAGGUCCAGGAAGAGGAGACCAAACGACAAGCUGUGGAAAAUGAGCUGCAGCUUCUCAAAUCAAAGAGCUCUGACCAUGACGCAGAUGUCAAGGCGCUAAACGACAAGAUUGAAACACUUCAGUCAUCAAAUCGUGCCAACCUGGCUAUCAUCGAGGCGAAUAGCAAGCGAGACUCCACUCUUUCGGAAGAGCUCACAAAGCAGCAUCAACGCAAUGUCGAACUCGCGCGCGAAAUCACCUCGCUGCAACAAUCCGAGCAAAAUGCCAAGGGUCAACUCAGCAGUGCCAAGUACCGCGAGGACUCGAUCCAGCAGCAGCUUGACCUCUCCCGCGGCAACGUCGAAUGGCUGGAGAAUGAACUGAAGACCAAGAGCGCCGAGGCCCUAAAGUACCGCAAGGAGAAGGGGGCCCGCAUCGCCGAGCUCCAACGCCAGGGUGAAGAUGCCCUGUCCCAGGUCGAUUCUCUCAAGCGAACCGAAAAGCAGCUUAGAGAUCGGCUCUCAGCCUUGCAAACAAAGGUUGACGACACCUUGGUUAGGAUUCAAAAGCAAGAAGAGUCCUUCGCUGCCACGGUGGACAGCUACAAGUCCGAGCUGGAGGAUCAACGCCGCCUAGUUGACAUGUCUGAGCAGCUCAGCCAAAAGCACCAGGACCGUGUUCAUGAGCUCGAUGCGGAGAAAGAACGUCUAAAAGACAAUUAUGAGAAUGAAUUGCGCCGCGUUCGCACUGAGCUAGAGCAAGAGAAACAAGCUGGUGCCGACCUGGAGGAGCGUAUUCGCAAGCUCGAGGGUGAGCUUGAUGAGGCCCAGGUCCGUUUGGAACAUGCACCACCCCCUGGAUCUGCCCCUCAGACACCACGCGCAAACGGCGGCGCCCUUGUUCGUGCGGCAUCGCCAUUUGCGACACCAGGAUCCGUUCGAAACAAGACCAGCAUUACCGGCACGCAGGCCAUUGACCAACUGUUCCACGUUAAAGGUCAGCUCGCUAGUGAACGGCGCCGAAACCAGGAACUGUCGGAUGAGCUCGACAGCAUACUCGGAGCACUGGAAGCCAAGGCUCCUGAAAUUCAAGAGCUUCAAUCCGAGUCUGAGAUGCUCCGCAAUGAGAUUGGUCGCAUGUCAGAGCUUUCGCAGCAGAGCUUCGAAGAGCGUGACGUUGCCAGAAAGGCUGCUAGAAAGGCAGAGGGCUUGCUGAAUACCUCUCAGUCAGAAAACAAGAUCCUUCGCACACAACUCCGUGAUCUUGGCACGCAGAUUCAAAUGCUGGUCUUCAAUGCUUAUGCUCUCGAAAAGGGCGUGGAUCAGCUCAGUGACGAUGAGAUUUUCCGACUGAAGCAACUGGAAAAGGGUGAAGUUACCGAGGAAGCGCUCGCCGACAUGUCUGAUACGCACCAGUUCAUCACCCAGAAGCUGGUCGUCUUCAAGGACAUUCAAUCUCUCCAAGCCAAGAAUGAAGAUUUGCUUCGCAUUACUCGUGAAUUGGCGGAGCAGAUUGAGAGCGAAGAGGCGCUGGCUGCCAAACACCAAGCAAAGGACGACCAUGAUAAGGUUGAGAAGCUUGAACAGGAGCUCGUCCACAUGACGGAAGAAUCCAAGUCGAUAAAGACGACUUUGGAAAGCUACAAGACCGAACGAGACAUGUUCCGUCGUCUGCUUCAGCAAAGAACUUCCGGCGGAGAUGAAGCAUCCAUGAUGCGCAGCUCCUUAGACGGUCGCCUGCCUCUCGCUAGUAUCGAGUCCGGGGAGCAAAACGAGACUCUCAAUGAGGCCCUCCGAAAGCUCCAAGCCGAGUACGAUAGCUUCCGUGAGGCUCAGGAUGGUGUUCGCAAAGACCUUCGCAACCAGAUCGAUUCACUUUCCGCUGAGCGCAACGUCUUGCAGACUGAACGAAUUAAACUGCAGGGUGAGGUUCGCCUGGAGUCUGAGCGUCGCGAAAUGCUUCAGGGCAACUACGUGGCUCUACAAACCGAAAAUCAAGAACUGCAAAAGCGCAGUCAAGUUCUUUCUGAGACAGCAGCCAAACAGGAUAUUCGCACCCAGCAGGUGGCAGAAGAGCUGAUUGAUUCCAAGGGCCUUCUUGACAGCGUACGCAACGAAGCUGCCAAUCUCAAGGCCGAGAAGAAGCUGUGGAAGGAUAUCCAGGAUCGCAUGAGCAAAGACAAUGAAAUUCUCAUCGAGGAGAAGAACAGACUCGGAAACUUACUCGCAACUCAGCAGUCCCUCGAGAAUGAGCGCAAUAUUUCGGAAUCGGAGUCGCGUAGGAAAGCGCAGGCGAAAAUCGAGCAACAGGAGCAGGAGCUCAGCGAUAUUCAGCGCAAGCUUUCCCAAGCCGCUGAAGAUGGCAAAAAUCUUCAGCAACGAAAGGAAUACGAAGCCCGCGAGGCACAAAAGCGUAUUGAUGAGCUCAUGACCAGCCUCGGCCAAAUCCGCGAAGAGCAUAUCAGCGUCAAGACCACAAAGGAUCAUCUCCAGGCGCGCGUGAACGAGCUCACGGUGGAACUGCGCAACGCAGAGGAGCGUGCUGGUCGUCUGGCGCCUCGCCCAACUCCUAGACCUGCUGCUGCUGAAUCAUCAGAGUAUCAGCAAGAGCUUGAAGCGCAGGUCCAGACGCUUACGAACGAUGUUGCAGAACUGCGCCGUGAUCUUGCCCUUGCCAACACGCAGCUAGAGAACGCUAAGGCGCAGGCUGAACAGUAUCGUGAGCUAAGCCAGAGCAACGAAGAUGCCCUUGAAGACCUGCGUGCCUCCCAAGAUCAGUAUAGAAUCGAAAUGGAGGCAUUGAUUGCGGAGAAGGACGCCAAGGUAAAAGAGCUUGGACAACGCGUCGACGACAUGUCUAGUGAACUGUCUCGAUCCAACACUGAGCUCUCUUCCUUGCGCGACACACAAGGCGAAGUGGCUCGGAAGUACGAGGAUGAGAAGGCAAUCCUCGAAGAAGAAAUUUCGCGCCUCAAGGACGACAGCGCCAGACACCUUGAAGCUGUUCGCUUCCAUCAACAAGAUCUUCGCGCCCAAGCUGACAUUGCAACACGCGCCCAACAGGACUAUGAGCAAGAACUGGUUAAGCAUGCCGACGCUGCCAAGCUCGUUCAGCAGCUGCGCAACGAGUUCAAUGAGCUGAAGAGUGAGUCGGCGACUCUGCGUGCUGAAGCCGAUUCCGCCAAGGUCACCCUUGCGCAGAGUGAGUCGUCUUGGGAAGAUAGAAGACUCCAGCUUGAGCAGGAGAUGGCCGAACUCAAGACCAGACGCGAAGAUGUCAAUGCGCAGAACAAGCUUCUGCAUCAGCAACUGGAAAGCCUAAGCACACAGGUCAAUGCCUUGCAGCAAAGUCGUGGACGAAAUGGAGAUGAGCAGGAGUCUGCUGUCGUGGCUGGUGCAACGGAUGCUAUGGAGGGCCUCAGAGAACUGAAUAGCUAUCUCCGCCGUGAAAAGGAGAUUCUCGAGGUCCAAUACGAUCUGAAGACGCAAGAAUCAAAGCGUCUGCACCAGCAAGUGGAGUAUGUUCAGAGCCAACUCGAUGAGACACGCCUGAAGCUUGAUCAAGAACGCUCGCAGUCUACCCAUAGCGACCGAUCCUCCAUGACCCACCAGAGCCUGAUGGAGAAGCUGAAUGAGCUGAACCUCUACCGCGAGAGCAGCAUGGCUCUUCGAAGCGAGAACAGUCACCUCAAGGAUCAGAUUUCUGAACGCAACAUCAAGAUUCAAGAGUUGGAAACAAAGGUCCAGCCUCUUGAAGCCGAGAUCGACAAUCUCAAUACUCAGAAAUCUUUUCUGGAGGAUGAGAUCAAACAGAUCCAUGAGGACCGCGAUAGAUGGCAGAAGCGCACAGAGGGCAUCUUGACCAAGUACGGCCGCGUUGACCCUGCAGAGAUGGAACAGUUGAAGAACACUAUUUCGGAUCUACAGACGGAGUGCAGUACCCUCAAGGAAAGCUCGCAGCCGCUGGAAGGCAAGGUGGCUGAGUUGGAGGCUGCUCUCGAAGCUGAGCGGUCUAACUGGCAGACAACGCGCUCCAAGAUUGCGGAGCAGUUUAAGGAGCGGUCCAGGAAGAUCACUGGGGAGAAGAAUGACGCGGUCCAGCGAAAUCAGACACUCCAAGAAGAGCUUAGUGCCGCUACCGCGAACUUGGAGGCUGCCAAUAAGUCGGCAGAGGACGCCAAGAGCCAGCAAACCGCUUUGGAGAAGCAACUCGAAGAAUCCUACCAACAGUUGGAGCAAUUGCGGCAGCAAUCGCAAGCUGAUGGUAGUCAGGGAGGGACUGCAUCAGUUGAAAUUGGUGGCGAUGCUUCUGCCUCUGCAGACGUGGUGGCGAAGCUCGAGCAAAGCCUUGCCGAUGUUCAAAAGGAGCUGGACUCGGUCAACGCCCAGAAACUCAGCUCUGAGCAGCAAUUGGACGCCCUUCGUUCUGAACUGCAGACUGCUGUCACGCAGAGAGACGGGGCCCUGAAGAAGCUGGAAGAGGCUGGCGAAGGCAAUGAAGGUUCUGUGCAGCCUGUGCCUGCUGUUGCGGGCUUGUCGGAUGAGGAGAGAAAGACGCUGCAAGCUAAGAUCACAGCUGCAGAGGCUAAGGCUUCCGAGGCUCAAGCCAAGGCUGCUGAUAUUGAAGGCAAAAUGCAGCAAACUAUCCGAGAACGAUCCGAUAGGAUGAAGGAUGCUCUCAACAACAAGCUCAAGGAGGCUCGUGCCAAGAUGGAUGCAGAGUUCAAGAAGAAGGACGAAGACCUCCAACUUCGCCUCGAACAAGAAAAGCUCAUUUGGCAGGCUGAGCAUAGCAAGCCAGCUGGCGAUGCCAGCGCUCGUGCAGAGCCACCUGCGACCCCCGCCAAGGCCGAGGCUUCUUCUGUGCCAGCUACCCCUGGUGCCAACGGCAGCGCCUCAGACCUUUCGCAGCUCGACGAUGCAGGCAUUCGCCAAUUCCUGUCAACCAAUGCCACGGCUAAGAACAUCAUUGCCUCAAACAUCAGAAAGCGCGUCGACAAUGAGAACGCAAAGCUGAAGGCGGAUUUCGAGGGCAAGAUGAAAACCGAGGUCGACGGGAAGAUUGCAGCCGCGCGUGAGCAAGCUCAGCUCAUGGAGUCGAAGAAAUCGACCUUACGCAUCAACAUGGCUGACAACAAGCUCCGCGCUGCAAAUGCUAAGCUCGGUGUAGUUGAGGCGGCAGCGAGCGCAACCCCCCAGAAGCCCGUAGUUGAAGUUUGGGAGAUUGCCAAGACCACGCAGCCUCCCCCGCCACCGGCGGCCACAGCCGCAGCUCCGAAGAACACGCCGACGGCAGCCAACGUUGCGACGCCAACGAAGCACACCCCAGCGAAGCUUGCACAGCCAGCAAAGCCGCCAGUGACGCCAGCAACACCCACCGGAGAUGCGCCAGCUCCUGCUGGCAACCCCUUCGCAACUUCUACCAACAGCAAUGCAGCUGCUCCGACGGCAGCUAACCCGUUUGCUGUGAAGACGGAAGCAGACAAAGCAGCUCCUGCGGCAGCCCCCGCGGUCGCAGCUGGAGCCGCAGCUGGUACAGCAGCUCCAAGUGGUAUCCCACAGCCGCAGCAGAACCAGCCUCCUCAACGGUCUGGAAUUCCCAUGCCGCGUGGUGGUGGCCGCGGAGGACGCGGAGGUACAUAUGUGCAUCCUGGCCAGCGUAAUGCCAGCGGUAACCAAGAGGGUGGCGCUCCCGCAGCAGCAGGGCGUGGCGGACGCGGUGGUGCACGCGGUGGGCGUGGCAACAUGAAUCCAGGCGCUGCGGACUUCCAGCCCGGAACGAAGCGACCAAGGGGGGAUUCUGAAGCCGGGGCCGGUGCUAAGAGAGCUAGAGGCGGCGGUCCCCAUUAG